AAAUUCACGACCACAGUAUUAUGAUGGAGAAUGAAACGGGUUCAGCGGAAUUUCUCAAAUUCCUUCCGUGGACCGUGAGAUUCUGUGUAGCGACAGCUAAUUCAUUUCAAGAUAAAGAUAUGGCGCUGAAACGUAUUAACAAGGAAUUAAAGGAUAUUGCAAAUGAUCCCCCGGCCCAGUGUUCUGCUGGACCUGUAGGAGAUGAUCCGUUUCACUGGCAGGCCACCAUCCUCGGGCCCACUGACAGUCCCUUCGAGGGGGGUGUCUUCUUCCUCAAUAUUCACUUCCCAACCGACUAUCCCUUCAAACCUCCUAAGUUCGCUUUCACCACAAGAAUAUAUCAUCCGAAUAUUAAUAGUAAUGGAGCUAUUUGUUUAGAUAUUCUUAGAUCUCAGUGGUCCCCAGCCCUAACAGUAUCCAAGGUAUUGUUAUCUAUCUGCUCCUUGCUCUGCGAUCCCAACCCAGACGAUCCUUUAGUUCCAGAGAUUGCCCGUCUUUAUAAAACUGAUAUGACUAAAUAUAAUGAGAGCGCAAGGGAAUGGACUCGAAAGUACGCUAUGUGAAAUAUAUCUUUUCCUCAUCAGGUUGGAUUGUUCUUGCCUGACAAACCACGCCUGAUGGAAGAAAACAAGAAAUAUAAAGUGGACAGCCUUUCCACGUCCAAACAUAAUGUGCAUUUUCUCAGUUUAAUUCUUCAAACCCUCGUCCAGCUUUUAGUAAAUUAGUAAUUUUUCGGUUUUAUUCCUAAUAACUUUCACAUUUGACAGUGAUUCUGUAUUUUUAACUUUUCAUUUUCCUUUUCGAUUUUACCCAUCGUGGAAUAAGAAUAAUUUCAAUAAUUACCAGAAGAAGAAUUGGAUAGAUAGACAAACUGGGACAACAACUUGCUAACUUUUUCACUUGCCCCCACCCCCCAAAAAAAGAAAAUAUGCGGUUUUUCGAUAAGAUUUUUUUCUUCACAGAAUUUUGGAUCAAGCGAUCAAACCCUUUUAAAAAUGAUUGAGGCAUGUGGAAAGGGAAUUUUUAAGUUAAUCAACUUUUCAACAUAACACCUUGCUAUUCCUCACUUUUAAUUUUGCCCUUUAUUCCUACUUCUCGUUUUCUUGAUUUUCAUUUUAAAAUUUUUUAUUUUUUUUUAAGACAACAAUUUAGUUUAAUGUACAGUGCACAUGUUAUUUGUACUGUACUGUACAUAUUGAAUUUAUUGUAUUGUCUGCUAUACAGUGUACAUGAAACCACCUGUGUUAUGAUGUGGUAUCUGUACAACUUUUUAUAUAGUGUCGUAAUUUAUCCGAUUAUUAUUAUGUAAAAGUUAUAAACAUUUAACUAAAACAGUGUAUCUUACCUAUUAUGCUUAAUGCUAUUUAAAAUGAAAUAUAACAAAACAAAACCCCAGAUUCAUUUCAAUUAUUUUUAAUACCCUCCUCCCAGGCUCGGACGGCUGGUUAAUUAUCAUUGUUUUCAAUAAAAUGAAAGAAUUACUUUUUGAAUAAACAAUCUUGUGAUAAUUUGUUAUCUAUCUAGCCACCAUUAAACUAUUUUUUUUCAGAAA